AGCAGCUAUGCCGACAAGUUCAUGGAGCGGAUCAUAGCGAUGGCGAUUCCGACGACAACGACGUCGAGCAAGCGGGAGCUCGACCGCAUUCUUGGACGAAUAGAGAUGCAGCGGAGCAGGCCGCAGCUGAGCAUGCAGAUCAUGUCCCGGAACUCGAUUCUUUUGCUCCAGCGGUUGUCGAUCCCGUUCGAAACGAUCGACAUGUUCAUCAACUUCUUCAACUGGAAAAACCCGACGCUCACCAUCACGGGGAUGCUCUUUCUCACACUGUGCAUCCUGAAGCCCAUCAACCUCCUCACCUUCCCGCUCUUCUACAUCUGCUUUGAGAUCAUCAUACCGGCAUACACGGUGCAGAACCCGAACACGGACGAGGGUGUCCAUGGGUGGGAGGACGAGCUCCCGAAGCCCGUGAACGAGUUCACGCGGGAGUUUUUGCUCAACGUGACGGACUUGCAAAACCACAUGCUUCUUUACGUCAACGCGUGGGACUUUGUCAACGCGUGGUGCUGGAAGCUCUUCUACUUCCGGGACGAGAUGCUCACGUGGCUCAUUUUUGUGAGUCUCCUUGCCCUGGGUCUCCUCGUCGAGACGUUCGGCACCUCCGCCAUAGCGUUCUGUUUCCCGAUGAUCAAGCUUUCGCUGGUCAUUAUCUCCUGGAUGCUGAUCAUCCUCACCCACCCAAAGAACCGCACCCAGAUCCUGGAACUGUUCUACAGCGAGGAGUUGAGGCUGAAAACAAUGAGUCUCUUGAACUACUACGAAUCCAAGGUGAUCAACGACAUCGAUUUGACCAGCGACGAGAUGGAAAUAAGGCAGAUCGAAAUCUUCGAGUUGCAAUAUUACAACGACGACUCGAAGGCCUGGCAGUUUGCUUGCUUUUCCAAGGACAUAUAUCCUCCAAACAACCACGUCAGACUGAACAGUAUGCCCAUUGAGGAGUCGUCGCAGUCUAACCUCCAAAGAAGAAGGGCAAGCAACGAUUUCAAUAACAUUCUGUUGGAUCCCUUGACUUUGAACAAAACCUUAGUCGAGCAGCUGGAAACUGGAGUUAACUUGGAAGGAUGGUAUCUGGACCUAAGUCCCGAUCACUGGGUCUUUAACAACUACUUACAAAGUGUGCUAGAGGUUGACGAAGACUCAAAAUGGGUCUACGACCUCGUGGUAAUGGGCAACGGAGUCGAUGCUUACAAGGCUGGGUUGGGUUUGACCAACGGAAAGCUAAAGCGCAGUCGUGGAGACGUGAGACGUCGCAGAUGGGUCAGGUACGCAGUUAGAGAG